UUAUAAUAAACGAUGUCAAUGAUAUUUUGUACUUUUUCCACAUAAAAUGUUUAUCAUUCCCGUUUUUAAUUCAGAACUUUCAAAGUACACUAGACUGAAUCAGUUGGAGUAGUCAUUAUUCCACGAUGAUCGCUAAAGAGAAAUGUUUAGAGUAAUCCCUAUAUGCUUGAUUUUUAUUCACAACACACAUACAGUAUUCGUUAUAGAGGCGUUGAUCAUCAUAUUUAAAUAAAACUCAUUUAAUAUUAAAUUUAAAAAUAAAUUCAGAAUCAAAAAUCUUUUAUUCAAAAAGUUUAAAAUAAUGUUUUUAAUAUUUCAAUGAUUAAGAAAUGAGCAAUUUCAAUUCUUUUUCAACUCAGAAUAAAAGUAAAUUAUUUACAAACAAAAUAGAAAAUGUAAAGAGAUAAAACUAGAUUUAAGAAAAAACUAACAUGUGGGUAAAUAUGGAAAAUAUAAAUCUUUUUUUUAUAUUAAUUCGAUAUAUUUGUAAAAAUUAUCGAGUCAAGAAAAAAAGUUGAAAUAAUUUUGUAUGAUUAUAAAUAAUGUUGAGAAUUCUUCUCUCAUCAAUUUAUUUACUUUUAUUGAAAUUGAUUUCGAUAUGAACGAAAUUAAUUCUUGAUACUUUAAGAUCUAUUUAAAGAAAUCAUCAGAACUUUAUUUUCUGUUUUUAUUCUGACAGAAAAAUAUCUUCAAAUUCAUUCUCAUUCAUCUGCAAAAUUGAUUGAUCUUCUGUAUUUAUAAAUCAAAGUUAUUUCUUUUUUGUUAAAAUAAGAAAAAAUCUAUUCAAUUCUCAGUUCUGCCUCUUUCAUUUUUCAUUUUUAACAAUUUUUGUUAAACAAAAAGAAAAAAGUAAAAUUAUGACAAUGUUUUCGUAGAGUUUGUAUUAAAAUGUUUAUAGAAUUUAGUUUUGUUGAUGAAGAUUUUAUAAAAAAAAAGAUUGGUUGCGAGAUAGAUAUUGAAAUUAGAAAAUAAAAAAGAAUAAAAUAUUCUCUUUCAAAUAUAUUCAUUACAUUUGUCUCAUUAAUUCUGAUUGAUAAUAAAGAAUACAAUUCAUACCAAAUCUAUUAUCUUAGCAUAGAUUUAUAUCAAUAAACAUUUAAAUAUUUCAUUCUAUUUUCACUCCAGAUGAUUUUAAAUAAAAAUAUUUUUAUUUUCAUAACAGAAAUGAGUUUAAAUGAAAGAAACAAAUUGUCAUUUUUAAUUUUUGAAAUCUUUUUCAAAGAUAAACAAAUCCUUUCAUACAGAAUUAAUAAAAUUAUAUUUUUAAAUAUAAAAAAAAAUUUAAACAUUUUUAUCUUUUUAUUUUACAAAUACAAAAACAAUUUUAUUAAACAAAUUUUAAAUUAAAUUCAAAUUACAAUUAAAUUAAUUCAAAUCAUUUUUAUUUUAUGAUAUUUUAAAAUAACGGUUUUUUUAUUCACAUUUAUUUAUCAAUUUCAUUCAGAUAUUUAAAAAAAUCUUUUUCUCUUAGGACAAUCAAUUCUUGUCAAUCAUAUUAAUAUCAAUACCAAAUGGAAACAACAUGGAAUUACUAUUGCUGGAGGAAAUGGACAAGGCAAUCAAUUAAAUCAACUCUCUUCGCCUCAUGGUAUCUAUGUUCAUGAUGAUUAUCAAACUAUUUAUAUUGCUGAUUGGUUGAAUCACCGUAUUGUUGAAUGGAAAUAUGAAGCAAAGAAUGGUCAGGUUGUUGCAGGUAGCAAUGGAAAAGGAAAUCAAAAUGAUCAGUUGUGUGGUCCAAGAGAUGUGAUUGUAGAUAAGACGAAUAAUUCUAUUGUCAUUUGUGAUCAAGGAAACAGUCGAGUGGUACGAUGGUUUCGUCAAAAUGGUAAAAAUGGAGAAACAAUCAUUUCUGAUAUUGAUUGUUCUGGUGUAGCAAUGGAUAAGAAUGGAAAUCUUUAUGUCUCUGACUGUGUGAAGAAUGAAGUAAGACGAUGGAAACAAGGAGAAAGAGAAGGAACAAUAGUGGCAGGUGGAAAUGGACUAGGAAAUCAUCUCAAUCAACUUCAUCAUCCUACUUAUAUCUUCGUUGAUGAAGAUCAUUCAGUUUAUGUAUCGGAUUAUUAUAAUAAUCGUGUGAUGAAAUGGAUGAAAGGUGCAAAAGAAGGUAUUGUUGUUGCUGGUGGAAAAGGUAAAGGGAAUCGUUUGACACAAUUGCAUUAUCCUUGGUCAGUGAUUGUCGAUCAUUUCAGUAAUGUUUAUGUGGCUGACUCAGGCAACCAUCGAAUAGUACGUUGGUGUGAAGGAUCUUGCGAAGGUAGUAUUGUUGUUGAUGGAAUUGGAUGUGGAGAACAACCAAAUCAGUUUUAUUAUCCCGUGGGUUUAUCAUUCGAUAUUCAAGGUAAUCUCUAUGUUGUCGAUUGUUGGAAUCACCGAAUACAAAAAUUUGAUAUUGAUUUGAAUUAA